UGGACUAUAGCGCCUGGAUUCUUCUGUUUUUCCACUAUUCAUCUUAAUAUAUAGUGCUAUAUACAUAUAUAUAUAUAUAUAGAUAUGUAUGGCUCAAUGCUAAAUCUAUAACCUGUACAUGGCACCAUAAAUAUGCAAUGCACAUAGAGCCAUUAACAGAGUAUAGCCGGUGUUUCCCUCCCUGCUGAUUUCCUCCUUCCUCCUCCACCACUUUUGCUGAGCAAAACUACACACACACGCAGUACACACACAAGUUUGAACCGGAUUAGCAGAUGGCAGGCGUUGGCAGAAGCGAGGAGCAACAUCAGCACCGUACUGCCUCUGCCACCGAAAAUCAUGAGGUGGCAUCUCAAGACAAGAAAUAUGGGGGAAUCGUGCCAAAGAAAAAGCCCUUAAUAUCCAAGGAUCCCGAGCGAGCCUUCUUUGAUUCAGCAGACUGGGCUUUGUGCAAGCAAGGUGCAGGCGCAUGUCAUGAGAAAUCAACAGUUGCUGUGGAGACAUUGCGGCCAAAGCUACAGAGAACGCCUCAUCAGCAAUUGCCUCCUAGGAGGCCAACUUGUACGUCUGGAAGUGGAAGGGAUUCUUCAUAAAUCAUAGCAUAGCGGGUUAGGCUAAAUCUGAAGUCCUUGGUCGAUUACUACUACUAUUUACUGCCACUGGUGGAGUAGAUCUCCAUAGAGAGUGCUAAAGCAGUGAGAGUCACCCCCCCACAAAAAAAUAGGGUAGUGAGAGUCAUCUCAUCUCAUCUCAACUCAUCUAUAUGUAGUUCACACUUUAUAACUGCCACCAUGCAUCGAUUGGCGUACGUGUAGUUUGUACUAUUGGUGGUUCAAUAAGUUUUUCUUUCGUAAAUUUUUUUCCUU